CAGCAAGUGGCCUCUCAUCUCAUGGACCGAGCCACUAUGACUUCCAUAAGCUCACCGACCUCUCUGGCGACGUUCUCAAAUGCUCAAGCAUCAUCUUCGAAGCUUCAUCAAAGCCAUGUAAUGCUGAGCGCGGUCCAUGGAGCCGCAACGCCAUUUGCAGUUGCUGCUGUCCAAGGUGAUGGUGUAUGGACAUACGAUCUUAAUACAUUGCGUCCAACUGCUUCGUAUACUGUGCAGCCUUCCACCAUAUUUGUGACUCGGCCGAUCAGCUUCAUGCCACCACCUAGACAUCCACCAAAAGGUAAAGCGAAGGCAAAAGCACCUGUACAGGAUGCAGUCGAUGAUCCAAUGGAUGCCGACAGUGGACCCACGUCCCGUACGACAGUCAUAGGAAUAGGGAAAGGAGAUAAGAUCAAGAGGUCGGAAGAGGGUCGGUUCCUGUGGAUGUGGCGCAAGGAGGAUGAUGCAGAGAAAGAAGUGUUGCUGCUGGACAAGCCACUCUACGACAUCCAUCAUAUCCCCUUACAUCGAGCGGCUGUUCUCUGCGUACACAUUGAUGGAUCGAUGACCGUUGUCGACGCGAAUCUGCAGAUCAGGCCGGUCGUUCUCUCGUCGUUGCUCAACCUCAAGGGAUCUCUCUUGGCGGCAGGGACGCUCGAUCUGGUUGACUAUACAGUCUCGGUCAUUCUCGUCGGGUCGAAAGGAUCGGUUUCAUACAUCAAACUAGAGUUGUCUGGCGGUAGAGAUGUUCGCGCAACAUUGAUGAAGGAGAUCAGCAUCGGCUACGCGCUGAAGCAAGACUUGAAAUCGGCCAGUGUCGACUCCAAUGGGGCUGUCGUUGCUAUUGGUCACGAUGACUCCAUAAUCUCCAUACCACCGAAUGCUGUGUCUCAGCCGGAGAGCCCGUAUGAACUCCCCUCUUUGUUGCAACCACCUCAAACACCCAUGGCUAUCUGCGUGCCAACUCCUGGCCUACCGCUUGCGCUUCUAGCCGACACAUCCUGUAACGUCCUCCUUGCUUCCAUCUCCUCGUCACUACCAGCGGUUCUCAGCGUUUUCCACCUUUCAGACAUCUCGCCUACUACGACAGCUUGUGUCUCUCACCUUGCCAUUCUCGCGUCAAACCCUGGAUCAUUCACUCUCGGCCUCGUCCUGACGCAUCGGGAUAACGAUGGCGGACGGAGUGUCGUUUACACCUUGGACGUGUCAAUCUCAGAUUCUGGUAUCGGUAUCAACUCGCUUCUGGGCAGCCAAGUUCAGACUCAGAAAUACCUCUCUGUACCGGUCAGAGUGACGGGUUCCAAAGUCGAUUCAAAGGAGAUCACAUCCUUGCUUGAAGAGGCGUUGCAGAGGAGAGCAGUGGACGAAGCUGAAGAGCGUUUCAGAGUUUGGAUGAGCGCAAAAGAAGACGAACAUAAAGCGAAUGGUUCGAAGGGUCCGAUGCUCACGGACGAUCUUGUCCAGCGUAUCGUGUCGACCAUCAUCACAUUGGCACGGAAAGGCGAUGACGAGGCCAUGCCCAGUACCGAAGACACGGUAAUUGAGGCGCCGGAAUCGGGACCGGCUGAAAAGCCCCUGAGCGGACCAUAUGCUGGAGCUGUCCUUGGUGCUCUUUUGGAUCGAGGCUUACUGAAGGAUGAGUUUUGGUCCGGAGGCGUUCUCCAAGCUGGGCUAUUGCCAGCCAGUGACUGGGUGAAUAUACGCAAGGCUAUCGGUACCGUCCCAGACAUUCCUUCCAGCGCGAUAGUCAACGCGCUUGAACGAGCUCAGACAUCACUUUCUGGCGGAGAGUCAAAUAUCGAUGACUUUACGUUUGAGAGCCUCCUUCGAGAAGUCGUUUCGCUCCCGCCUCCUGCGCCUGGUUAUCGGACAGCACUUUUCUCUUUAUCACUUGAAACCUGCAUGCGUCUACUAGACGCUUAUGUCAACUGGCUUACUGUUCACGUCGAGUCAAUGUCCUCCGCAUUGGACGCCUGGAUCGCAGACGAUACGUCAGCUCCCUCAUCUUCCGCACCCCCAGUGGAAGCUCUCAUCCUGCAUUCCAACCUCCUGCUCGACGCCAGACUUCAGACUCUCCUGUCCCAUCCACCAGCAUGGGACCUCUUGGAAAAGAUGCAAGUAUGCCUGAGCUCACUCAUGGAGAUGCAAGAUGUCUAUCGAAAGAUCCACGCUCCCAUCGAAGCAGUCUUGACGCUCGCUCGACGUGAAGCCCAGUCGAAAGCGGAAGAACAAGCUAAACGACUUCCUCCGACAAUCCCCGGUCAGACUGGACACGCAAAGGGACAACAAUUUGGUAAGCAGAAUAGGAAGCUCAAAGUGGGCAUGUCGGACGAAGUGAUCGGGAAGUGGCGGGUGGAGGAUCUCAUAUUCUAGUGUAUCGUCGACUCAGCAUGCAGGGACGAUUGUGGAUA